AUGGAGUGUUUCCGACAAGUCUGGAGGUGCAUGAAGGCUCCAUUUACACCAAAGGAAAAGGUGCUUGAAAUUGGCCUGCCAACCAAUUUUCGAAAGGAAGAGCCACCGGCUUGCUUCUCAGAUGCGGAGUCAGUCAUAUCGCCCAAUCAAACCACAAGCGAGCGACCAAUUCUGACAAAGGAGCUACAGCAUGUUCAUGUAUCGGGAUCGCCGGGGAUCGAUAAUGACGAGACACGGCACGACAAUCGAGAUGACGGACCUCCAGCCGUUGAUGGAGGAGAAAAUACAGGCCCAAGUGCGGGCUAUGAGCGUGGAGGUGUCAAGCCCCUCCUUAGGUCAUUGACGCGAUGGUUAAAGACGACAGCAGUCGAAGACCACGAAGCUCAUGAAAUACAGGUGUUGGAUAAGAGUGUGCAGGACGCGUCUGUUCAGGGCGGACAGGUUGAGGCGGCUUUGGAUAGAUCAUCUGCUUGA